AUGAGAAUCUGGUCCAGCGAACACACUUUUGAGUGAGUUGUCACUUUGUUUUCGACAAACAAUCACACACAUUUUGAAUUGCAGACACGAAUGGGAGACGGUUGCGAUGGCGGCGUUCAAAAAGUACCCGAAUCCGCUGAACCGCGCCGUGACCGGCAUCGACGUCGUCAAACAGACUCUCGAGGCGGGCAAAAUACUGACGGAACGGAUUAUUCAGUCGCAUUUCAGCAUUCCCUCCUGGGCCACAAAAGUACGCCGAUUUUUAGUUCGAGAGUCAAAAAGGUGUUCUUCGGCCGAAAAAAAAAACUUUGGAUUCACACACACAAAAUAGUGUCAGUUGUUUGUCGACCUAAAAAAAAUUUUGACAUAUUACAGCUGACAGGCUUCUCCGGCACACAAUAUUCGCACGAGUACACGGUGAUCGACCCGACGAACAAAGAAUUCUCGCUUACCACCCGAAAUGUGAGAAAAUCGGGGAUUUCUCGAUCUUUUUCUAAACAAAACAUCACUUCAGCUCAACGGCUCCUCAUUCCUGCGAGUCGACGAGAAGCUGACGUACAAACCGGACGUCGAGGAUCCGAAUAAAACGGUGCUGAAGCAGGACGUCAUCGUGACGAUCACAUUGCCCGCGUUCGCCGACUAUUGCGAACGCACGUUUCUGAGCAUUUACUCGCAAAACGCGAGCAAAGGACGGCAGGGCGUCGAGUGGGUCAUCGACAAUCUCAAAAAGGACUUUGAAGUCAUCUCCAGCAAGGUUCGUCUCGGCCUCGAAUCUGAAAAAAGGCACUAAAAUCGAUAGAAACUCAAAAUCUCGCAUCGCCACUGAUUCUACUGGCAUAUUUUUUUGGAAAAUUUGAAAUUUCAACGCGAUUUUGCGACGGGGGAACUCUGCUCGUUCUCUGCUCCGUCUCUUCUGCCCCCGUUUCCCUUUUUUCCCAAUUCUUCCACCAACCGGAUCACUGACACUCACGCGACUGAUAAAAAUUUGUGUGUGUGUGUGUUUGGCUGAUCGCUUUGGUCGAACUUUGUUGUGUUCGACACGAGACGAGAACAAAAAACGGCUUUUUGGCCUGUGAUCAUAGAAGGGGGCACAAAAUACGGGGUUCAACCGAUUUCUUAUCACGAAAUCACUGGAAAUUUUCAUUCUUUCGCACAAAUACAAAGCAAAUUGCAGGUGAGCUCAGAAGUGCACGAAAUGUCGGAAAAAGUGCGAUCAUGGAGUUCGAAACCCUCGUCUCCGCCCUCAUAA